GGAGGCGGCCGCGCGCCCAAGUUCAGCAGGCACGGAGAUGCGAUAUCGGUAGCCAUAUUGGUUCAUAGGAAACGGACCGAAAGCAAUCGAGAGAAUUUAGAAAUUGCAACCGAUAAUAAAUAGGUGUAGUUUGUUUAUAAAGUUAAAGAAUUAAUCGAGUGGAAUGGAUCUCGAUAGUGUUGACCGUAGAAGACAUUGUUAACCUUGUUCGACUUCGAUCGAGAUGGCCGGUGACAAGCACGUCCCUUGUCCGGAAUUUCAAUUCUCGACAACAGCUUGUUAUAUCUGCAAUGGGUACUACGGCCCGUGUUUCGAAGAGCCCGUUUGUGCAACUUGUCACGCAUUUUUAUUCCCCAAUGAUAUUGGAUUAUUUCAAGUUCCAAUAUUUAGCGAGAAAACGGACGACGAAGAUUCCGGAAACGACGAACCGACGGACCUUUAUUACAAUCACGAACGAAGAACGAGCCAGCAACAACAGAAUUCUCCGCAGAACGUGAAUUCCAAUUUGUCCAAUAGCCAGAACGCAUCCAUCAACAACGUCAAUAGUUUUUCAAACGCCGAAUCUUAUAGAGUCGAUUAUGGACAGAAUUUGGAACACGUGCAACAAUAUCAGCACUGUCAGGAUAACUGUAGGCAGUACGAGCGAGAAGUCGGAGAACCUUCUAGACCUUAUAAUUUGUCGGACAGAUUAGAAAUGUUGACGAAUCAUAAGCAUAUAGAACACGAGCCCAUCAACGAACCCGGUCUCGUGGAAAGCUUACCACCGGAGGUCCUUUUGGCUGUUUUCUCCCAUCUAGACGACGUAAGUCUUUGGUCGGCUGCAAACGUUUGUCGCAGAUGGUGCGGCCUAUUGUCGACGCACGUAACGGCUCAACAGUGGCAGCAACACGUUAAAAUGCGUUGGCCGUUAUAUAGACCCAUUGGAUGCGUUAAAAAUUGGUACAAAGUGUACGAUCAGCUUGCUUCUUCUGCGCCGUGUAGAACGUGUUUGGCCCAAACGUCGUUACGAACGAGAGCCCCGAGAAUGGAGGAAUAUUACUGGAGGCGAAAUAGACUGCUCAGCGAACUGAAAAGCUUAAGAAUGGAUCCUCCAGAAGGUAUAGAAGCUACGCCUUUGGAUCAAAUGUGUUGUCAUUGGCAGGCUACGAUUACCGGACCCGUGGGUAGUCCGUACGAGGGUGGAUUGUUUUAUUUGUAUUUACAAGUACCAUAUAGUUAUCCGAUGUGUCCGCCCGUCGUAAGAUUUCUCACAAAGAUCUUGCAUCCGAAUGUUUCGAGACACGGAGACGUUGGUAUAGACUCUAUACAUCACAAUUGGUCCUUGGCUCUUACCAUAUCGAAGGUGCUUAUAAGCGUGCAAAGUUUACUCACGGAUCCAUAUUGUCAGGUAUGUAUGGAGCCAGAAUUAGGGGAAAUGUAUAUGAACGACCGUGAAAGAUUCGAAGAAGUAGCCAGGGCAUGGACGUGGAGGUACGCGAUGCACGACGUUAUAACGCCAUCUUAGUAUAUCAAAGAAUAAAAUAUUAUCUACAUUGUCAUUGGUAAAAGUCAAUGGAACAAUGACAAUGGGACGUAUAAAAAGAUGAUGGAAGAUAAGAAAAGAGAAAGCGAAGCACAGGUCAUGACGUAAAGGAAGACUACAGAGAGGCAUAUUAAUUUAGGAUCUUUGCAUUAUCAAGAUCGAAGAAUACGAAAGAACGUUCACCGGCUUUUGUCGAUUCGAAAAGUUUCGAACAGAUAUUAUCUACGAUACGCGGACGAAUUACCUUCCUUUUCUCUUUUUUCCACGGAAAAGGGUACCGGCUUCGUUACGACAGGACUGAAUGCAAAUGCGAAUAGAAGGAAAUUUGUAUGUACAUCGGAACUAUGUCGGAUCUAUUUGAAACGAAUCCUAAAACGAAAGAAAAUGUUUCCUUUGAUUCGAUUUUAAACGGGCGAUAAUAAAAGAUAUAAGAGAGAGAGAGAGAGAGAGAGAGAGACCAAGGAGGAGAGAGAAAACGGAGACGAAACAGGUACGAGACAGGGAACACCUCCUGACAAAUGCCGUAACACGACGGGAGUUCUUAACGCGUAGCCUCGCUCCUGUCAAGCGAAUCUCUCAGCGGGGUGUUCGCUUUUACGAAAUCGUGCGUCCUCCGAUAGUCUCCUUCUCCGAAAAGGAAAAGCAUACGUUACGAGAUAAUCAGCGGCGUUGUUCCCGACCAAAGGAUGAUCCGAAGAAUAUGUGAUAAUCUUCCUAUAUGGUUCUCUCUUUUUCUUUCGUCUCUUUCAUAUUUUUUUCUUUGUUAAUUUAGUCGUACGAAUUUAUCUCAGCAUCUACCAAGACACGACCAAUUUUUCAAAAUACCUUUUAUCAUUUCCACGAAGAAACAGUUGACCUCUCUCGGUAAAUAAAGAAGGAUCGAUGAUUUUCCAUCCUCUUUGUUCCUC